CCCAUGUUUUAAAGUUUAGAUUAAUAGUAUUUUUUUGAAAUGAAAUUAUUAUAUACACCAAAAGAAUAGAGAGGGUCACUAGGGAGAGAGAGGGGUGGGUGGGUUGGAGUCUCGGGUGCAGGGAAUGGUUGGAAGGAGGAAGAACACAGGGGGAAAUGAUACCGCUGGGAUGGAUUGAAAACGAUAUCGCUGCUUUAAUCUUACUAAUUUCAAUUACACUCCAGUCGAGAUAACAAUCCCUUAUACAACAACUGCAGUAUUAACAACUUCCAUUCUUAUUGACGCAUCAAAUGAUUUAUGAAACCACAAGUGCGGCACACAAUCUAUAACCUUAUUCUUCCUGUGUGUGGCAGUUAUUCUGUCCGUGAUGUUUCUUCCUGAUAUCGCUUCUGCCUGCAAACAGGGGCCAACCAGGUGACCCUGGAACCUUAAACGCAAAAGCAUCAAGGUGAUAGCAGCUGACUUCCACUCAGUUGUUUCUCCCUGGGAUCUGUUUUGUAAGGAAAGUGUGAAGCUGCCUUUGAACACCAAGGAUGUUUCAGCUGUAUUGUCUGCUUUGACUUUAGGAGUGUCUCUCUCUCUCUCACUCACUUAGAGGCAUUGCCACCUCCUUAACUGGUCCUUUCCAGUGGAAACACCUGGGAUUGAAAGGAGGGGGGGGGGGAGCUGUCAGCAGGAAGAGUCUGCCACCAAGCCUGUCCCAUUCCUCCGAUAAAUGGGAGGUGUGCUGUUUCUGAGGCAGGUGUUCCAAAUCGCAGCCACUGAUUUAAAUUAAUUGCGUGUUGUCGGAAGAAGUCUUUUCUUUGGUUUAUUAUGCUCCGUCUACUGCCAAUCAGUUCUAGUGUUUGGCGAGACCAUGCGUUUUGUGAGAGCGGAGACUGGGAUUUUAAAUAGAGAAUUUUUAGCAUCUUCGCCAAAUUCAAAAUUCCCAGGAUUCUUAAGGGUAAGCCAUGGCAUAGAUAUUCCUCUGGGCCCUAUUAGAGAUGGAGUAAACUCUUUGACUCUGUUCUCUUUUUUGAUGUUCAGCUUUUCUCUCUUUCCAUUGACUGAGCAAGAGGUUUUAAUGCCUCAUAACUGCUGGAUAUCUAUGGCUUUUAUUAUGUUUGCAGUUGGAUGUUGAAUGCUGAGUCCUAUGAUGGCAAGGCCAAUAAUCUUCCCAGUGAGUGUCCAUUCAACAGCUCCUGAAACCUUUGUGGUGCUGAACCAGAGGAUGAAAGUAGUUGAAGAGCAGACAAAUGCGCUUUUGAAGGAACUGCAUACGCUGGGCAUUGAUGGACAAAGCAUGGAACUCUUCCCUUCGAAACCCUCGGAGACCUCUGAAGGCCACCAGACCAUCAGCCCCGUCCGUGCCAGAACGGCAUUUGGCGGAGCAAAGGACACGCUGUGGCAGACGUGCGAAAGUCUCGUGAAUCGGAUGUGCCGGCUCGAAAGCGUUGUGCAGACCAUGAAGCUGAGUAUGUUCCGGCUGCAGACGGAAAAAGAGCUCAACCCAAAGCAUGCAGCCAAUUUAGAGCAGCGCCUGAACGCAAUACAGGAGGAGCACAUCGGAGAAGUGAAGGUGCUUCAGAUGGAGGGAAGAGUGCUGUGCCAGCAGCUGAGGGAGUCCCGGGAAGAGGAGGAAAAAGCCAGAGGCCAGGUUCAAAAGCUGAGCGCUGCUCUGGAAAUUGCAACUGCCACGAAGAGAGAUGUAACCGUUGCUGCAGAUGAGUUGAGGGCAGCGAAAAAUAAGAUGAACCGUAAACUGCAAGAGCUGACAGAGAAGCUGUCCAAGGAGUCCGGCAUGCGCCAGUCCUUGGAAGAAUCCCAAGCAGUCUUGCUUUAUCGGAUGCAUGAAAUGGAAGCCACGGUGGAAAACGAAAGGAAGCAGGUUCACAUUCUGCAGCAGGACUGUAACAGCCUCCGCCAAGAUAUUGAGAUAUCUCGGGAGAGGCUGCAAAGGGAGGAAGAGAGGGCUCUUCAGCUGGAACAGCAGUGUGCACGGCUUAAAUUGGAUCUAGAAUCCCGAGAGAAUACCAUCUCCAGGCUCAGCGAAGAAGGGAAAACUGCACGACUGUCUCUGAGCAGGGAACAUGAGGAGAACACGCAGCUGCGAUCAGAAAUAGCCUCUUUGCGAGAGGUGGCAGAAAAAGUGCAAGUGCUUAAUGAGCAGCUGACCCAACAGUGUGCAGAAAUGAACGACACCCUUCGAAGCGUUACCAUGGGGAACGCUCAACUCAUCUCGGAUCACCAGGCCGCCCUGAAGGUGGAGCAGGAUAAAAUCAGUCAGAAGCUGCAAGAGCAGGACUUGAUUCUGGAUGCUGCCCGGGCCAGUAUUACGGCGGAACUGCAGAUUGUGCAGAAUGAAAACGCUCGGCUCCAGAGAGAGAUAGAAGCCUUGCGUGCAGAACGCGCUGCCUGCGGGCAUGAAGCAUCCGAACUCCAGGAGACCACAACCGCUCAAAAGGAGCUCCUGGAGUCCACCGUUGCCAGGAUCGGAAGCGAACUGGAGGCAGCUCUGCAGGAGAGGGACUCUCUGCUGAAGGAGAAGGAGAGGCUGGAGGAACAGAUGCAGAAAACAAUACAUGAAAUAACGGAAGAGAACAAAAGAUUGGAAGCGGAACUAACAGAACACAAGUUGGAAAUCGGUCCUCUCAAAGAUACCGUGAAGGUGUUGGAAGAAGAAAACAAGAAAUUAAUGGAGCGGGAAGCUGCCUUGGAACACCAACAUCAUGCCCAACAGCAAGUACAGCAAGUUCUGGAAGAGCUGGCGGACACCAAAAAUAAACUGGCUUACGAGAAAGGGAAACUUGAGACUAGAGUGAAGCAGCUGGAAGAAAAGAUGCAGCCUCUCCAGGACACACGUUCAGAAAACAGUCGGCUUCGCAAGCUGAACACCGCCUUGGAGACAAAGUGUAAUCAGAUGAAUGCCGAACUUGCCUCCAUUAGGAUCAACACACAGAGGAUGGAAGCAAAGCUAAAACAGACACAGUCUGCCCUUGUCUGCAGAGAGGACGAUUUUUCUGUGACCGUCAAAACCCGAGAUGAAGCGCUGAGAGAGAACCAGAAGCUCAAAGGGCAAAUAAGUGCAACUGAAGAAAGAGAGAAACACAAGAUGACGAAUCUGCGACGCAAGCUGGAAGAGUCGAAGCAAGACAAUGCCAAAGUGACAGCUAUGUUGGAGAAUGUGUUGGGCUCUCAUAACAAAAUGCAGGUGGCUCUGGAGAAGAUUCAGACUGAGCUGGGACGCAAGGAUUCCGAGGUGGCUGACCUGAAGAAGGACAGGACCCAAAGCCAGCAAAGAAUUCUGAUGCUAGAGGCAGAGCUGGAGGAAUGUCACAGCAAAAUGACCUUGCAAUCUCAACACAGCUUUAAGAUGGAAACUCUUUGUAAAAUUCUGGAGGCCUCCAAAGCAGACAACAAGAAACUUGCCCAAAAUUUAGAGCAGACUCUGCAGACCAACAGUGCUCUGCAAAGCCAGCUUAUGCUUAUUCGAGAUGAACUGGAAAGCAAAGAAGCAGAGUGCCAAGAACUAAUAGAAUGCAGGGACCAGUUAAUUGAGGAAACCAAGGUGGAAGUAAAGUUGUAUGCAGAUCGCCUUGAGACUCUGAAGAAACAGUUUCAGAGUGAACGGGAAGUAACCAAGAAGGCUGCUCAAAAGGAAUCGGCUGAGCUGAAGAAAGCCCUCGAGGAGGCCUGCACUAAAUCUGGAGAAAUGUCACGCCUUAACAGGGAACUGCGGGCAAAGGUAGCCGAGCAGGAGGCAGCUCUGGCCAGUCAGAAGGAGAAGCUGAAGAGACAGAAAGCAUUAAUCACGCAGUACUUCAAUGCCAGGACUAACAAUGCGCAAAAUGCAGGCAAGAUAAAGGAGAUUGAAACGGAAUUGAGGCAAAUGGAAGAGAUGAAGCAGCAGUACCAGAAGAAAAACCACGAGCAGUCCCUUAGGAUCAAAGAAUUUGUCGCUGAGUUAACAAAGAUGCAAGGCGAGAUGCAGCAGCUAGCCAGAAAUCAGCAAGUGAUGGAAACUGAAAACAGAAACCUUGAGAACCAGCUGGUCGCAGAACAGAAGCAAAGGCAGCGGAUUCAGGAAGAGUGUCAGGCUUUGGAAGACACAGUCAGGCACUUGAAGAAAUGCAAAGAGGAAACCGAACAGAAAUUGAAAGAAGCCAGCAAAGAAUCGGAACAUAUAACUGCUAACCUUGAGGAAGCUCACCACUGGUUCAAGUCAAAGUUUGAUAGUCUGCAGCGUGAGCUGGUGAAAAACAGGCCGAAGAACCUUGGAGAAUACUUAUGUGAGGAGCAUGAGAAAGAGGGAAGGCUGACCAAGCUUCCUUCUCAGGCAUGCCUGAAGCGCUGGGAGACCAAGAACCACCUGCAGUUCAUCAAGAGGAAAUAUCUAAGUGAGCUGAACAAGUGAAGGGCUGCUUUUCCAGGAGGUUCCAGGCUGCAAGGUAUAAUCCUGUACCUGUGAACACCACUUCUCAGGCUGCCAGUGGUGCUAUACCUAGGCAGAGCCUAAGGCUGGACCUAAUAUGUGAGCAUCCACCUACUUCCUGAAGCUAGCAGAGGAAGAACUCCUGUGUGAACUAGCUGUGCUCUAUAGGGAUGAAGAAAAAGUCAUUUUAAAAAAGUGUAUAUAUUAUAUAUACACACAAACUUGACUGGCAGCUAGGAAUCCUCUAAAUCUUUGGGUUCAACUUUCUGAUUCUUAUAAUGCCUCUGGGGAACUUUCAAACUGUUUUAUUAAAAAAACUGUUUCUACAGCUCCCCAGCCUGCUAAAUGCUUCCCCCUGGGGUCUUUAAAUCCCUGCAAUUGCAUCUCUACACGGAGUGAGGGGCAAGUUUGUGCCAAAUAUAUGCACAACAAGCCCAGAGGGUGUAACUGCUACAGGAUAGGCUUCUCUGUAGGUAAAAGCCUUGGGGACUUUUGGAAAAAUAGCAGAUCUGAAUCCUAAAACGGGGCAGUGUCGUAGAUUAUUCAAACGCACCAAUGCUGGUUUCCGAAAUGUCUGUCUUCCUUCAUCAGCGUUCCAUGGACUUGUGCUUGCUCAAAGCUACCCUUCAACAUACAUCUUCUCCUCCUGUAAAAAUGCAGUGCUUGCUGAAAAUGCUUUCCCUCUGACAAUAACAGCCCGUACCUAUAUCUUGCAGGGGGAAGCAAAUAUGUCAUCAGGAUGGUGGGUUCGAACUCC